AUGUUGAGGCACGCAGCGAACAGGAUUCUGGGCAGUGGGCUGCGAUCCACUGCGUCGCCGGUGCCGGCGUUGAGGAUGUACCACGAGAGGGUGGUGGAUCACUACGACAACCCGAGGAACGUAGGGUCGUUCGACAAGGACGAUCCGAACGUCGGUACGGGACUCGUCGGAGCUCCGGCCUGCGGCGACGUCAUGAAGCUGCAGAUCAAGGUCGACGAGGAGACCGGGAAGAUUGUCGAUGCUUGUUUCAAGACCUUCGGUUGCGGUUCUGCUAUCGCCUCUUCCUCCGUUGCAACCGAAUGGGUUAAAGGUAAACAAAUGGAGGAAGUCCUGUCAAUCAAGAAUACGGAAAUUGCCAAACAUCUCUCUCUUCCACCCGUGAAACUUCAUUGCAGCAUGCUUGCUGAGGACGCAAUAAAAGCGGCUGUCAAAGAUUAUGAGAAGAAGCGUUCAAAGUCAGAUGCUGGACUGCCUCUGAAGAAAGCUGAGAGUGCUUGA